AGAGAAGUAGAUGAGAAACAGACAACCAAGCUCUUUCAAGACAAUUGCUGGUGUGCUGGUACUCACUUUUUGUAAAAUGUGUGCAUCACGUGGCCAACAGUUGUUUAAGAUUUCGUAUCAUAUCCAACUGCAAAUCUGGGAUCAGCUUCAAAAGAGUCUACAGUGGACUGGACUUGGGAUAUUCUUCUAACAAAAUUCCCUUUGUAAGUGAAUCUAUUCACUUUGAUUCCUUGCUAAAAAUUACUAGGUUUAAUGGGUGAGACAGAGAUGUCAAAAACAAACAUAGAUAUCCACAUGAACAAGGAAAAUGGAAAACGCAGGGCGUUUGAUUCGGCAUUUUCUACAUUUUUUGUGCAGCUUCCUCACAAGCUUCACAAUUGUCUUAAGUCUCGGCUUCAAAGAUUAGCUAAAGAUAUUGAAGGAGUAAACUCAGUGAACCCUGUCCUAAGAAAGGAGAAAGGAUCAUCUACAGCGUGGGAGGUUGAUUUGGAAAAGCAAAUGCAAGCAUGGACAGAAAAUCCAUCAUGGGUUGAUCAAUCUCCAGAAAUAAAGGUCAGCGUACCAAAAGGUUCUCUUUGCAACCUUAAUGUCAAAGUUAAUGUUGGGCUGCCUCCAGAUGCAGUAUAUAAUAUUGUGAUCGAUCCUGAUAACAAGAGGGUUUUCAAAAAUAUUAAGGAAGUAAUAUCCAGAGAAGUUUUGGUCGAUGAAGGUUCGAGGCAGGUGGUUGAAUUGGAGCAGGCAGCCAUAUGGAGAUUUCUUUGGUGGUCAGGAACCAUCUCGGUUCAUGUUUUAGUAGAUCAAAACAGAGAAGAUCACUCGAUGAAGUUCAAGCAAGUGAAAACGGGAUUUAUGAAAAAAUUUGAAGGGUGCUGGAAAGUAGAUCCUGUGUUUAUUGAUGAGAAAAUCUGCUCUCCCUUUAAGCCUAAGACAUGGGAACAGUAUUGUGCAUGUACCAAAGGCAAAGGAAGGGUAGGGUCAAUAGUGAGCUUGGACCAACUUAUUCAACCAGCCAUUGUUCCACCUCCACCUAUUUCCUGGUAUCUUAGGGGAAUAACAACCAAGACAUCAGAGAUGCUGAUAAACGACAUGCUUGCUGAAACUGCCAGAAUUAGGGAAAGUUUAAACCCUGAAAAAUCUCGCAAGGCGCUAGAGAUAUCUGUGGGAAUGUCUGAUGAAGGCCUAGUUGAUAACAUAUGGGAUAUUAAAGAAAGAUGGACCCUGCGUAGGAGAAGUGCAAAGCAAUGUCAUAGAAGGCUGCUGACUCCCAAAUGAUCUACUUGUGAAUAAUUUCUGUUUAACUUGUGAGCUUCUUAUACGUAUCCACUGUACCUGUAAUUGAUAUCUGAACCUCUAGCAAUAUUUUGUAAUAAUAUAUUAAUCAAAAUCAUUGGAUUGUUAGUUA